AUGAUCUCCAGCAUAGGCCAGAUAGAGACCACUUUCAAGGAUGAGCGUCGGGCUCAUGUGGUCGAGGUCGAUGCAGUGCGAGGGGAGGCAGAGAAGAAGCUGUCCGAAGCAUGGAGUGUACAGCGAGAGCUACGUACCGAGCUGGAGAGUGCGAAUGCUAGGCUUUCUCUCAUGGUGGAGGAGAGCCAGAGUCAGAGGAAACAGCUCGAGUUGGCUCAGCGGGAACGUGAAGCUGCUUGGGAAGCAUUGAAAGCGAAAGAGAAGGAGCUGGCUGUUGCUCAUGAGAUGCGGAGGAAGGAGGCUAAGUUGGCAGAGGAACGAUACGAGUCUCUGGAGGAACGCAGUCAGCAGGAGUUGACGGCCGAGAGAGAUCGUGGUCGUGUGGAAGGCGAGGCGGCUCGUGUGGAGGAGGCCAGGCUGAUGAAAUGUAUAGGGGACAAGGAGAAGACGAUCAGCGAGAUGUGGGCAAGCAUAGAGCAAUAUCGGGAGAGAGUGGCCGCGGCCAAGGCAGAGGAGGCUAUCAGGUCGGCCGAGGAGCAGAGGAGACAUAUGAAAGCUGAGAUGGGUCGGCUUGGGAAGGAGCUCGCUGAGAGAGUAUCAGCAUUGCAUUCGGAGGGAGAGCGGCUGAGAGGUCCCAAUGCAGAACUAGAAUCCUUGGUGGAGGGGCUUGGGAAGGAGCUGGCUGAGUGUAAGGAGUGGCUGAGGUUGAAGGAGAUCGGUUAUGAGGAGUUGGCGCAAGAUUCAGCAGCAGAGUCGGAGCGGUAUCGAUUGGAACUGCACGCUGUGCAUGAGGAGUAUCAGAAAGAAAGGAAGGAGUUGGAGAGGAGGCAUGGUGUGAGGAUGCUCGAGAUGGAACUAAGGAUCGGUUAUGCCUAUAAUAUAGUCUCUUUGGUGGUGCCGGAGGACAGGACUGUUGUUAUACCUAGGGCUGUGGAGCGCGAUGCUGGGGCCAAGGUGGUUGAGAGUAUUGAAGAGAAGGAGGCAGUGAUACAGGCUAAGGGUGCUGAGAUAGAGAGGUUGGAGGCUCUGGUAGAGGAUCUUAGCAGUCAGCUGUCAUUCAAGGAGCUUUUAUUAUCGACGGCUUACGUGGAUGAGGAGGAUAUACGCGGGGAUGGGAGGACCACGGAGGAGGGGCGUAUUGGAAGGGUGCAAUUGGAAGGACAAGUGAAGUUGAAAUUGCAAGCAUGUCGCUAUGAGGCCGCUAUUGAAGAGCAGAGGGCGUUGGUAGCUGAGAAGGAGAGGGAGAUGCAGGUGUUGGUGGAGGAGGUUGGGGCACUCCGAAGAACAUCAGAUGAGCAAAGAGCAUCUCACCUUGCUUUGGAGGACGAGUGGAUCGACAAGGUCAGAGAGAAGGAGAAGGGAUUCGACCGAGUCCUCGGACAGCUAGCAGCAAUGGAUUCAGCGGUCCGAACUGAGCAGGAGAGGGCUGCGGUGGAGGCUCGGAAGGUAGCUCUGGUUCAAAGAGAGAUGGAUCGUCGAGACCGUAACUGGAGGCAGAAGGCCGCGGGGUAUGAGAGUGAUAACAAGGAGCUACAGAGCCGAGUUGAAUCGUCCAGGAUGCAGGCGGCUGAGGAGUGGGAGUGUUGGAGGGUCCAUGUCGAGCGGCUGCUGGCAGAUCACGAUAGGGAGCGGUCUGCAUGGGUUGAGGAAGAGGCAAGGCUACACACGGAGAUAGAGGCGUGGACGACUAAGUGUGAGGGUGCCGAGGCUUCUCGCAAGGAGCUAGAAAAUAAGCUGAGGAAGGUGUAUGCUGAGGUGGACGGCAUGGGGACGGCUAUUGAGGAGCAGCGUCGGGCUCUGGAGAGGCGGAUUACUAGGGUCCAGAGAGAUGGUGAUAGCAAGCUGGAGCAUGCAGAGGAGCGGCAUCAACAGCUGCUAGCUGAGUAUAAAGGCUUGAAGGGUCGCUACGAUAAGGAGGCCGCGACGGCACAGAGGGCACACGUGUUGGCCUUGGAGGUAGACGAGCUGAAGAGGACGGCGGAGCCUCUGAAUGCAGAGAUAGAACGCUUAAAUGGGGUGAUAGCUACGAUGAGGGAGCAGCUGUGCAUUAAAGAGUGCAUCGUUGACGAUAUCAAGAGAACGACAGCGGACGUCUUGCUGGUGAAGGAAAAGGCAUAUAGGGAACUGUUGGAACAAUUCGAUACCCUCUCGAAGGACUUUGAUAAGCACGAGAAGGAUGCGGCUGAGGAGAAAGCAACUGUAGUGGCCUCUUGGGAAGCGAGGGAGGAGGAGUGGAAGCGCCAGGGCGAUAGCUACAAUGAGAUGAUAUGUGAACUCCGAGAGAGGCACAAGAUGGCCAUGGAACUAAGCGAGGAGCAGCAAAGGCGUUCUGAAGGACUUAUAGACUCCUUGCAGCUGGCUCUAGAGAGGACGUCAAUGAGACGGUCGGAUGCUGAACAGGGGAUGGUCAUUGUUCUGGCUGGCGUGUGUGAAGAGGGGGAAAGGAUGGCAGAGGAUAUGAGAGCUAUGCAAUGGGGGAUAGAGGAGGAGAGGGGCCUCAUGGAGGGCCGACUGCAGGAGCUAGAGGCUCGUCAUAAAGGCGAGAUGCAGAAAUUAAAAAUGCUAUUGGUGACGCGGGAGGCUGAGGCAUCGUCCGUGGCGGAAGCGCUGCAGGCUGAGGUCGGCCGGCUGAAGGGAGUGGUCGAAAACGAUAGCGAGGCGAGCGUGUUAAGGGAGGAAGUGGCUGCCCUACAGGAGAGGCUUACCUGCAGUGAGGUCGCCAUUGCAGCUGCAGCGGCUGAGUCGAGGGAAGCGAUGCAGGAGCUGGAGCUGCAACGAGAGGAGAUGAAGGGAAAGAAGGCUAAGGCGAGGGAUGUGGAACUGCGGAAGUUGUUGUUGGAGAAUGCAAAGUUGAAGGAGAAGCUCAUACGGGCCGAGAGGGAGAAGACGGCUGAUGCCUGUCGAGGCGUAUCAGAGGAGCAGCAGCAGCAGCUGGAGGCCGGGCCGGCUGUAUAUGAGGCUGAGAUCUGCUCAUUGCGGGAGGAGCUCUCCGCGCUUGCCACAGCAUUCGAUAAUGGGACUGCCAGCAGCCAUGCUUUGAAGGAGGAGUUGAUGAUAGAAAGGCAAAGGCACGCCGAGACCAGGGAGGAGCUAGAGCGUACACUGCGUAAUGCAGCUGCUGUGGCAACGGCUAUCAAGACGGUCCAACUCGACCUCGACCGUGUUAAUGACGAUGAGUCCCAUGACACUAAGUAG